UUUCGGUCCGUACUAAUUUGAGACCAGUUUUGUGAAACAAUGCAUAUAGAACCGUGGCUAAGGGUACUAAAACAAUUAUAGUAAUAAGCAUAGUAUAAUUUCAAGGCUAGAGACGUAUAAUGAUCGAACAAAUACCUUAAUCGGCUUCAGUAUUGUCACGAUAAAAGAGGAUAGGGAUUUUAAAAUAUGUUUUCUAAACCUGUGCUAAAUAGUGCCAAAAAAGGAUAUUAUUUGUUAACAUAUGUUGUAAGAAAAUUCAGUAAUCCAAGCUACAUCCAUAAUCCAGGCACUGAGCCAUUAAAAUACCUAACCAUCGGUAAACUCUUGGAACAGACUGUAGAGAAAUAUGGGGAUCGACCAGCCGUAAUUUCCAGGGCCCAAGACAAAAUCGUCACUUUUCAAGAAGCUUUAAAUCAAGCCGAUAAGUUGGCCGCCAGUUUUAAAUCAAUCGGAUUAAAUCCCGGAGAUCGGAUUGGAAUAUGGGCUCCUAAUAUUUCCGAAUGGUAUGUGACGCAUAUGGCAUGCGCGAGAGGUGGAUUUGUAUUGGUCAAUAUAAAUCCAGCUUACGAGAUUACUGAACUCCAAAAUUGUAUAAAUGGCGUGGGGGUCAAGGCACUUAUAUGCCCUUAUAAAUUUAAAAAUCACAAUUAUUACACUAGCCUAAUCGAGCUGGCUCCAGAGCUGUCCAAAGCUGAUCCAGGAAAACUAAAAUCUAAGUUACUACCUACAUUGACGAGUAUUAUUAUCAUCGACAAGACUGAUUUGCAGGGGACAUUUUACUACGAUCACAUCCAAGAAGUAGCCUCCGAAAAAGACGUAAAUUGCAUUAAAGAUUAUCAAGAUCGUAUUGAUCCGGAUGGGGUGGCUCAUCUGCAGUUUACUUCGGGUACAACAGGAAAACCGAAGGCAGCAAUGCAAAGCCAUUUCCACAUAGUUAACAAUGGGUAUAUUUUGGGAAAAAGAAACGAACUGGAUAGGAAACAUCACACUAUUUGCUUGCAGGUGCCGUUUUUUCAUGCUUAUGGAACAGUCAUUAGUCUAAUCGCAGCUUUAAACUAUGGAUCCACGUUAGUUCUUCCAAAUAAGGGCUAUGACCCUGAUAAGGCUUUGGACGCUAUUCGAGAUGAAAAGUGUACUGUUAUACAUGGAACACCUACCAUGUAUGUAGAUUUAAUCAACAGACAAAAAAUUAGAAAUGAAAAUAUUUUUCCUGAAAUCGCUGUUAGUGGGGGAGCGUAUUGUAGCAUACAGCUGUUCAAAGAUAUGAAAGAGUAUUUGGGAGUUAAAAAAGUUAAGUCAGUUUAUGGUAUGACUGAAACCACGGCGAUAGUUUUCCAGUCUCUGUUUGAUGACGAUGAGUACCAUUCUACAGCCACAGUCGGAUAUAUUUCGGAACAUACAGAAGCCAAAGUUAUAGAUGAGAAGGGAAAUAUUGUUCCACGAGGACAACCGGGCGAAUUAUGCAUAAGAUGUUAUGGCACCACCUUGGGAUAUUGGGAAAAUGAAGAAAAGACUAAGGAGCUUAUAGGACCAGAUAAAUGGCUUAGGACAGGGGAUACGUUCAUUUUAGAAGAAGAUGGUUAUGGUAAAAUUGUUGGGAGAAUUAAAGAAAUGAUCACUCGCGGGGGAGAAAAUAUAUAUCCAGCUGAAAUAGAAAGUUUUUUAAAUGGACACCCAGCUGUUUUAGAAGCUCAUGUGAUUGGUAUUCCCCACGAGAGAUUGGGAGAGGAGGUUUGCGCUUGCGUGCGUGUUCUCCCAAACACCUCCUUUACUUUGGAAGAUGUGAAGUCCUUUUGUAAAGGAAAAAUUGCGCAUUUCAAAAUUCCUUCUAAACUUCAAAUUUUCGAAUCUUUUCCUAAAACAACCUCCGGGAAAAUUCAGAAGUAUAAGCUGGUUGAAAUUGUAACUAAUUGUUGAGGAUAUAAAAUAAAAAACAAAUUUAAAUAAAUGUAAAGUUUAAAUAAAUAAAAUUAUGUAAAUAAAAAAAACAAAAAUAUAAACAAA